CUCAGAGGCUGCUCGAUCUCCGCGAAUCGAGAUGCCGUGCUCCGUUUUUAUACUCGUCCUGAUCGGGACAGCCGUCGCGACGGCCGCCGUUCUUGAGGCGACGCUGCACGACGACGGACCCAGUGAGCUGAGGGAACAGUUGCGUGUUUUGAGCAAACAGGUGACCGCGCUACUUGAUCGUCGCAGGGAGGAUUUGGAGAUGAUCGAGGAGAAUUUGAGGAGGAAGUUGUACGAGACGCCGGAGUUGGAGGAUAUUAAGAACGCGCUGAAGACGUUGAGAAAAGACGUCGAUCUGGUACGUCUCGGCACGACCGAUCUUCCUCAAGUCCAGACCUCGACGACAGAAGAGAAAAACGAACAUCUGACCAUCAAGUGGCUGUCCAACGCCGUCUCCGAACUCAGGACCGAAUUCGGGGAAGUACAAGCCGCCGUCAAUUCUACCGUGAUCCUCCAGAACCACGAACAGCUCGAUACCGAAUUGAGUUUGCUUAGGAGUGACGUAACCAAUUUGAACAGUCAACUGGAAUUGGCCAAGAACGCGAACGAGAAGUACGAGGCUAAGCUGCAGAUGCUCCAGGAGGAGAUGGCCAACCUGAGGGAAUUCAAUAAGGCCACUGCCACGAACUGCGGCAGACUGAAGCAUCAGAUCAAAGCGAUGCAAUUUGAAUCUGCCCAAAACAUGAAGACUCUACAGAAGCUCCGCGAGAAUGAUCAAACUAUUCCGACCACAGAAGAUCAUCCAUACCGUCACCAAAGAGUCCUGAAAAAACAUAUCAUUCGUCUGGAGAAAUCCUCGAAAGCUCUGUUCAAAGAGACCCAACAUCUCAAAAACAAACUGUCUAGACUGGAAAGGGAGAUGCAAAUCAUGCAGGAGAAUUCCAACGAGCCUCUGAAAACCUUCGACAGGAUAAACGGCAACGAGAUCGAGAACUACAUCGAAAACGACAGAAUGCAUCAGAUCACAGAGGAUCGGGACGACAGGUUGGCCAACCUGACGAUGCAGUUGACCGAGAAUACCGACAGUGUCGCCAACUUGACCCGACAAAUGGCGGAUUUCGAUAAGUUACACCUGUCUAUGCUGGAACUUCUUGAAAAUGUGGAAAGUAUCGAGUUCAAAGUGGACAACAGUGUACCCGAUUUACGUAAAGAGAUCUCCAAGGUGGAGGUUCAAGUGAACGAGGCGAAAGCGGAAUUGAGCCAACUGAAGGAGGAGAUGUCGAAUUCGAGGAGUUCUAUGAAAGCUAUCGGGGUCAGUGUUUCAAAUUUACAAGACAGGGGUGCGGAAGAUCACAGGUUCUUGAAGGAAGUCGACGCUAGGGUUCAGAAUCUAAUCAGAUCCAACAGUUUGCAGAAUUCCAAACUUCACGACCACAUUUUGAAGUCCGAAUCCUCAAGCAUCGACCUAAACGCCACGAAAUCCACCAUCCACCUUGUCCAGGAACUGAAAUCCUUCGAGAAGGAAUACAAGGACAUCAUCAACAAACUACCCUACGACUGUGGCUCCGUAUCAGGUCCCAACGGCGUCUACCUCAUCAGUCCAGGCGAUGGAGAACCCAUUCUGGCCAACUGCGUGGACGGCUGGACUCUCAUCCAGAAGCGUUACGACGGCUCUGUCGACUUCAACCAAAACUGGAAUGACUACUCCAACGGCUUCGGCUCGGCAACCGGUGAACAUUGGUUGGGCAACAGGAACAUCCAUCAUUUGACUAAGAACAACUGUUCAAGUCUGCAGAUUAACAUGAAGGACAUCUACGGGAAAUACUGGCAGGCCAACUACGACGACAUCAGGGUGUUCGACUACACCAACGGCUUCAAGCUGGUGGUAAACAAGUAUCACGGCAACGCCAGCGACGCUCUGGAUUACCAGAACAACAUGGAAUUCUCUACGAUCGACAACGACAGGGACAUCUCCAACACCCAUUGCGCUAGUAACUACGAAGGGGGAUGGUGGUUUUCGCACUGCCAACAUGCCAAUCUUAACGGGAGGUACAAUUUGGGAUUGACGUGGUUUGACAGCUCGAGGAACGAGUGGAUAGCCAUAUCCAACAGCGAGAUGAGGGUGAAAAAGAGGGAUGUUUGCUAGGUGGAAGAAAGUAGUGUGAAUCAGCCAAAGCUGAACCCUGGAAAGGGUUCUUUCAAGAUGUUGAGUUUCAAUGUAAAUAGAUUUAUAUAAAGGUGGAUCGGUUGUCCACAGAUUUGCACGGGUUUACAUCGUUUUUGAUCGGAUUAGAUACUAUCAAAAUUGAUUAUAAAAGUAUUGUUAUUAUCCUGUUCAGUCGAGGGUUGCUAUUUGAGUUUUGAGAAGAGUAACAAAAUUAAAAAAUAAAUAUAAUGUGGUGAUAUCUAAUAAAAUAAUAGGUUGAGGACCCAGAAUAAGAAUUUGAAGAAUAUAUUCGGUAUCCUUCAGCUCCUGUAACGAUUCCAUAGAUAUCUUUUGAAGUACCCCGAUUGAAAUUAUUUGUUGGUGACACUAUUCUUUUUGUGAGUGAUUGUCAAACAAUGUAAUAUUCAGUGUUGAAUUGAAAAGCGAAUGGAAUUGAUGUCCAAAUAUGUCCCAAUCUCACAUUAUGUAACAUGACAAUCUUGCUCAGGAAGCGAUUCACCGUUUUUGGUUUAUCCACAUAGAAAAUCAACACCUAAAAAAAUUCUCGAGUCAAUUUCAUUUUUUGACUCGGUGAAUUAUUAUUCAAGUACUUGUGAACAACACAAAAGUCUUUAUUAUGGUAAAAGAUUAUAAGGACUAUUACCAAAAAAUUGUCAAAAUUUCGGUAACAAUAUUUAACCUUAUCUCCAGACUUGGGUAUUUAGCAACUCUCGGUCGUAUCUAUUUAUUAUUCCGUUAAAAAAAAACUACUGCUAUAUUUUUUGAAAUACGCUAUAAAUAUUGAUGUCUAUCUUUUGAAAACUCCAUGAUAAUUAAGAAACAAUAAAACAAGAAGUUUUAAUUAUUCCACAGAACUUGCCAACGUCAAUGACUAAAAAUAUCAGAAUGAAUAAAUUUUAUGAUAUUAAUGUAAAACAUUCCAAAAAACCUACGAAAAACUCAAAAGACAUCUUUGCAUAUCCAUAGCGCAGUUAUUUCCAUAAAUAUAGUUUAAUAGUUCUUGCUCAUUAGGAUGAAUCUAAUAAUAACUGUUGAACUCGUGCAAAUCAUUUUCAUUGUUGAAUAUGAGGAGAUUUUAAUCACAAAGAAUUUAUGUCAUAAUCCCCAUCUCUGCAUUGUUGUUGAUAUUUCUCCACAGUCUCUUCGAAAUUCAAUUUUGAGCGAAGAAAUAUGAAUACCUUACCUUCAUUUUGAAUGAAUACAGAUGAUGUCAAAAGUAUAAGAACCAAAGACUAUUCUAGUUCAAUAUUUAUAUUUAUGUAAUAUCUUUAAUGUUUAAGUAUUAUUUAAGCUGGAGUAUUUUCCUUAUAGUGGUAAGGAAUUAGUUGUGUAGUUAGAUAGAAGAACGAGUCAGAAUCGGAAGAAGUUGUUGUAAGUUGUAUUUUUGACUGCCAUAUAAUUUUUACCAUUUUAAAUAUGUAUAUAUUUUAUAAUUUAUUGAAUGUUGGUCAUAUUUCCUUGAGAAUUCCAUUGUAUAUACCUUUGUACCAAUGACUAAUUUUUCUUAAUAAAAUUUGAUCUACGCCGAAGAAAA